AUGACAACUCGCGCAAUGACACGCUCUUCUCCUCCGCUUGACCAUGGCGGUGUUCUUACCCGUUCCAUGUCCCGCCGUCGACAAGUCUCUCCCACCGUGACAAUGACGACGACGCAACAACAACCAACAUUCGGCAUUACGCGCCGUGGCACGUACUGCAAACGAUGCAUCAAGAUGGGCCGCUACUGCUAUCAACACGUCCACCAAGAUCCUUCCUCCUGCCUUCCAUGCAACAACAAUAACAGCCAACAACAAUCCACUCCUGUCGUCCUACAGACAGAAGAUGACACUGUUGAUAUUACCAUGGAAGUUCCGCAGCAACAACAACAACCCGUCGUUGACGAUCGCAUCCCAAAGACAGCCUUGCACCAAGCACUCUUUCAGCCACAACAACAAAAACUGGCACGCAUUCGAAAGACUUUUGUGUUCUCCGAACUCUUGCAAAAGAGCCGCGAACAAGCUGCAAAGCAACUACGGGAAGCCUUCCUGAAGAAGCGGGAUGCCUGCCUCAAGGAGCUCGUCGUGAGCAUUAGCCAACAGCGAAGAAGCAAAGCGUUCAUUUACUCGCAAAAGACAGCUCUCAAAGACUACACUGGCAAAGGAUACGAAGCCAUGAAUGCAGCUUUGCGACAGAUGACCAUUGAUGGAUGUGUCAACUGCAUCAAAAAGGGCGACGAUUGGGUUCCUGUCGACAAGAAGGGCCUCGUGAAGAAGGUGGCUCCCGACUAUUCUGGUGUUGCCUUUCAGAAAGGAGCCAGAAAGGCCGACAAAAAGGACGUCGAAGGUCGCAUUCAACACCUUCUUCGAGGCUUGUCCGAUCGCAAGACGCUUCCAGUCUAUCAAGGAACAGUCUACCGUGGCUCCAAAUGGCGUGCGGAAUGGAGCUACGAAAUGCAAACAGGCGCCAUCUUUGCCGACCGAGGCUUUCUGAGCACGUCCACAGAUGACAACAUUGCCAAAAACUUCAAAGCAAACGCCAAUGGGGACGGCGUUUUCUUUGAGAUUGUCAGCAAGACUGGUCAACUCAUCUCCGGGAGCUCCAAACAUGAGCAUGAAGCAGAAGUCCUCUUUCGUCCCAACACCAUGUUCCGAAUCCUAUCGGUGGAUGGGCCGAUACAACCAAACAGUCCUCCGCUUGGGAGCCGAUACAAUACAACCAAACAAACAGUCCUCCGCUUGGAGCCGAUACAACCAACGAACAGGCCUCCGAUUGGAGUUGAUACAACCAACAAACAGGCCUCCGCUUGGAGUUGA